GUGGCACUUGCUGGAAGACCAUGUGCAAAGUCUAGGAAGGUUCUAGGGACGUAAACAAGGCAAGGAUACUCUGGUAAAGACGGAGAAAAACUGAAUUGAUAACCUACUGCAAUUAAAGCAUUGUGAAAAUUGGUAGCUGUUACCAGAGCGGCCUAAUUUACAAGUAAUCGGCUGGGUUUUUAGAGAGCGGACAACUAUGACGAUUCGCGAUACGAUUGUAUUAAUUUGACCGCUCGGUUUCUAGUCACUAGUGUUUUGAAAGUGGAGCUGAAAUUGGACAGCAUUUAAAAUCUGUUCGAAAGUAUAUUUGUUUGUGAUAAGAAGCGCGCGGUUUAUUCAAAAGUGUUUUCACUGUGUAACUCAGAAAAAGGAGGACUGGCAACUGACAAGUCUUGGGAAUUUGAACGCAUUUCUAAUGGUUUUGACGACAUAUUGACAGGGGCCUUCGAGCUAAUUUAGGCCAACACCGAGGUUGUUUAUUUACAUUUGCUUGCUUCCUGCAAGUUGACAUUUGGUCAAUGCUGCAUCAAAUAAACUGGAGUUUUUUAAGUCCAGACGCAGUGAUAUUCCCAACAUAGUUGCACAGUCGUACUGCAGUUGGAAAUCGGAAAAUGAGCAACGAAGAAAUUACAUACGAGGAACAAGAAUCACGCUACUUGGAUAAUGAAAAGGAGUUAGCUGAAAAUUCACACUGGUUUGAUGGGCCUGUGGUAAACGAGGAUGGUGAAGACAAGGAAAAUGCAGAACUCGAUUCCAAGAACUUGGAAGAUGAUCAGUAUGACAAAAUGUUGUCGUAUGACUACAGAUACGCACCUCCCUUUCACGAGGCAUCAAGCGAGCAAGAAUUCCAGACACCCAAGGCACAUACAGAUUAUAAUUUUGACGAGAAAGAUUACAGGAGACAUCGCAAGAUAUCACAGCAUUAUCACGAGCCGAUUCGACCUAUUGUCAAAGAAAAAUCUAAAAAGAAACGUCGUUCGUCUAAAGAAGAGAAGAAGACUGAAAAGGAAAAAUUUUCGAAAUCACCACAGAAGUUUCCUGCCAUCAAGGUUUUGCCACAAAUUUCGGAGAACAAGGAGCUGACGCAAGAGCAGAUAUCCGACCACGAAACAGAGGGUGCGGUAUGGCCAAAGGACCAGAAAGAUGCAGGACAGCGCAAGCAUCGCCACAGGCAUAAACAUGACAGGGAGAAACGUGGUCAUCGGCGACAUCACCAUCAUCGCGGCUUCAGCGAGUCAGACAGCCUGGAAUCCAGGGUUCGGACUGGCCUUCAAACCCUUGAGGAGGAGAAGAAGGCUAUUUUCGACAUAUCGCAGGAACUAAAAGAGGACCAAGUCUUAAGAACUUUAGAUCUCAAAGAUCGGGAUACCAUUCAAAGUCAUCGUUUUGAAGACCUCAACGGCGUGCGAAGACGUGUAUCCCGGCAGAGACCGAAAUCUGGAAUGACCACCCAUAUAACUCACGGUGAACCGACGGAAAAACCCGCUCAUGUGCAAAUAACGCUACCCAAGUACAAGUACGAUCAUGUCCCAAAAGAGGGCUUCGUCGAGCUAGAGGAGCUUACAUGUGGCACGGACAACGAGAUGCAAUGGAAAGAGCGUGCAAGAUGGAUCAAGUUUGAAGAAGAUGUCGAGCAGAACGAGCAAUGGGGCAAACCUCAUAUUGCCUCGCUUUCCUUCCACAGUCUCUUAGAAUUGAGAAAAGGCAUAGAAUCAGGAACUGUUCUUCUGGACCUUGAAUCGUUUGAUUUAAAUUCAAUUUAUGAAUCGGUUGCGGAAAACAUGGUUAUAACUGACCAGCUAAGCAGAGCCAACAAAGAAAAGGUGAUCGACGUACUUCUGUCCAAGCAUCGUCAUCAGCAUCAACAGAGCAGACUGAAGAGGAAUUUCUCAUUUUCAAGUCUGAGCUCGUUUACAAUGGAUAACUCUAGUACUUCCGGGCGCGAAAAGGACAGUGGGAUCGACAGUAACGUGGACGUUGAUAUAAAGCACGAAGAAGAACCCCAAAAGGAUCAGACUCAAGUGGAUAAUAACGUUGUAGCAAAUAAAGAUUCUGUCGUAUUUGAACUUGGCGAUAUAGAAAUGGAUUCGGACGAAGUAGAUCAUCAUAAGGAACCUUUUAUGAAAGAAUCGUAUUUUAUCGAUUCUGAUGAUGACGAAAAGCGAGCUACUGUGAAAUUCGGACCAACAACGGUUGAAGAGACAGGAGAAUUCAAAACCGAGUCUGAUGUCAAAAGCCGGGUCCCUGUUGGUGCGGAAGCAACUUCCGUAUUGGUCGGAACGUUGCCGGAUCUUUAUCAGCCAACGAUGGCCUUCGUUCGAUUAGCUAAGGGAUGUUUUCUGGGAAAUCUCACGGAAGUGUCUAUUCCAGUUAGAUUUCUUUUUAUUUUGCUUGGCCCAGAGUCACGAAAGAAGGAGUACUAUGAGAUAGGCAGAUCAAUUGCCACUUUGAUGUCUGAUAAGAUUUUUCAUGACUUGGCUUAUGCUGCAAAGAAUAGAGACGAUCUGCUGUCGGCCAUUAACUCUUUUCUUGAUGACAGCGUAGUACUAGCACCUGGAGACUGGGACCGACACCUUUUGCUGCCUCUUCUUGAAGCAGAGGUAGCCAUUAAGAAACGACACCGUAAGAUGUUGCUUAGAGAAAAAGCCGCAGCUCAUGAAAUGCCCGCUGAUUUGAACCCCUUCAUUAGAACUGGUCACAUUUUCGGUGGUUUGAUCCGAGAAUUCCGACGCAAAAAGGCGCAUUUUGUUUCCGAUUUCAAAGACGGCCUAAACCUCCGCUGUGCAAUCGCCUUAAUAUUUAUUUUCUUUGCAACUCUUGCGCCGACGAUCACUUUCGGUGGACUUCUGGGCAAAAAGACCGACGGAUGGUUAGGAGUGCAAGAGACAUUAAUCGCCACGUCUUUCGGUGGAAUCCUGUUUGCUCUUUUUGCUGGACAGCCGCUGAUAAUCAUUGGGACGACGGGACCUAUUCUCGUAUUUGAACAAGCAACAUAUGAGUUUUGCAAUCUGCUGAAUAUUGAGUUCAUGGCAAUGCGGUUCUGGAUUGGUCUGUGGGUCUUGGUCAUCCUGCUUGGCGUUGUCGCAUUCGAGGGUUGCUACCUCGUUGAAUAUUUUUCAAGAUUCACCGAAGAAGUCGUUUCGGUUCUUAUUUCAUUUUUCUUCCUUUAUGAAGCAGUCUAUUUCCUAAUAAAGGUUUUCAAAGAACACCCAUUAAAAUUGUCAUAUGAAUCUUUAGAACAAGCAGAUCUCAUAGAAAAAUAUUUUGUAAAUUACACAGAGCAAAUUUGUAACAUUAGUUUACCUGAACUAGUAAGAAAUGAAAGCAUCACAGAGGCUCCUUCGCUGUCACCUAAUAAUGUUGGGCGGCCGAACACUGCCCUAAUGAGCUUGGUCCUCCUUAUUGGAACAUUCUUAAUUGCCUUCUUUUUGCGCAAGUUUCGAAAUAGUCAUUUUUUCUCCAGUAAAUGGCGAAGGAUUAUGAGUGACUUUGGUGUGCCUAUCGCAAUGAUAUUCAUGGUUUGUGUAGAUUUAACAACUGACAAUAUAUUCACGGAAAAAAUAAACAUUCCACAGACAUUAAGACCCACCAAAGCAGAGCGACGUGGAUUUUUCGUCAAUCCACUUGGAGAUAAGAAAAGACUCGAGCUAGGCUAUAUUGUGCUUGGUGUAAUUCCGGCAAUUUUAGUCAGCAUUUUGAUAUUCAUGGAGACUGAACUGACGGGAGUCUUGCUCAAUAAAAAGCGGAAUAAACUCAAGAAAGGUGGUGGCUUCAACUUAGACCUGUUUAUGAUGGGAGUGCUGACAGGAAUUUCGUCUGUAUUCGGCUUGCCUUGGAUGUGUGCCGCCACCUUAAGGUCGGUGCAGCAUAUCAACGCGUUGGUCAUUAUGAGUAGAUGUCAUGCGCCUGGAGAACGUCCGUUUCUAGUCGAAGUGAAGGAGCAAAGGCUCACCAAUGUAGCUAUUCAUAUAUUAGUAGGUUUAGUCCUCUUCAUGUCUGACGUCAUCAGAGAGAUCCCGUACGCUGUUCUACUUGGGGUGUUUCUGUAUCUGGGCCUCAUUUCAUUGUUCAGUGGCAUUCAAUUUAUGGAGCAGAUGCGACUUUUCUUCACCCCCCGAAAAUAUCACCCUAACAAAAGAUACAUUUAUAUGAUUCCUCUUUACAAAAUUCUGAUUUACACUGCUGUGCAGCUUUUGUGCCUGAUCAUUCUAUUUGUAAUCAAACUCACUCCAGUGGCGCCGAUGUUCCCCUUUUUCUUCCUUAUUAUGGCUGUCAUCAGAAAGUAUCUUGGACGUUUUUUUACUGAAGAAGAGCUCGAAGAGCUUGACAAUGAGGAGGAUUCAAAAGAGUACGACAGUGAUCUGGAUGAAUAUGAUACGGUGUAUCUACCAAUAUAAUUUCAGAGCAAAUCCUUUGUUUGUUAAUGGCUAAGAUACCCAGUACGAGAGCCAAUCGUUUGCAGUGCAGAGGUAUUUCAUUCAUCCUAAAUUCUAAGCUUGAAUCUAAAGCUGAAAAUGCUCAAGAGUUUUUCCAGGCUGUUUCGCUUUUAGACUUGUGACGUCAUUGUGAACAAAUUUCGAUUUUCUUGAGUUUGAUUAGCUGUUUUUGUCAUUUUUAUUGUUGUUGUUGUUGUGGCUGUUUUGUGGUUUGAUUUCAAGCGUGUAUUUAUGUAUGAACUCAUUUCCUAAGCGGUCAUUUCAUUCUGGUUUUCUUUCAUGCAAACCCUUUUGACUUUUGAAAGUUCAAAAAUUCGAAUAAGCAUGUCUGUAUGCACAUCUGCAAUCCCCCGCUUGUACGCCUUUGUUAAAUAAGCAAAAUGAAAAUUAUUAGUUUAAAUAACACUUGGUCUUUUCGACAUUGGAAGGACCAAUAAAUACUGUUCUCUUCAUAAAAUCUUAUAUCUUUUUGAAUCAUAUCAAUUGGCAAGAACUAUGUAAUGUAAAUGAAAUUGGGAUUCAUUAGAAAUUAUUGAAGGGCCCACCCAUACCACUCCCUGUUCUGAUUUUCUAGGACGUUAGCCUGUGCGAAGACUCGGCUGGUUUUCCCUGCGAUGAAUUUUGUUGAAUGGAUAAUGGGUUUACUCUCCCAGUAGAAAAUCAUUUAGGGUUUCUUGUCCAGAGAAAAACCUCUGGUGAUAAUAAAUUCAGAUUAUAUAGUCAUAAUUCCCAACGUGUUAACUUCCUUAUUCCAUUUAAAAUUUACUAACUUUGUUUUAACAAGAUAUUACUUGGUUCUUUUACCUAUUUUAUAAUGCAAUGAAACAAUUUUUAAUAAAUGAAUCUUCCUUAUACCUUUGUGACCGUUGAGGAACAGAAGCAAUUUUGUUUUGUUUUCAAUAUCUCUGAUUCAGAUUCGGUUUAGAAUCUCAUUUUGAAGAGUAAACCAAUUUUGUUCAGAAUUAUUUUUUUUUCUGUGAAAAUUUAUAAUAUACUAUAUAUAUAGUUGUUCAUAUUUUGUAGAAAACAGUCGAAAUUUUGUGUGAUUUAGUAAAACUAAAUUAAUACAGCUUGUCUAAGGCAACAAUGGAGACGGAUGAUUUUGUAGGUUUUUAUAAAUGCUUCACUGUCAAAGCAAGACACUCGGUGUAUAGAUGCAUAUCCAUAGUACCUUGACCCAUUACAUUAGCUAGAGGCUCAACAUACUUCAUGUGCCUUCGAUGGAUUAACAUUUCUCCAAGCAAGCAUCGACCAUUUGACUCAGAAAAACAACAUUUGUUCAAAUUUGCACUCAUUCAUAGCCUUUUAAGUGAACGUUUUCGUUAUGUAAUAACAAAAAGUCUUAAUCCCACUCAGUAUUCAGCGACCUUGACGUAGGCGAAUUUUAGAGCAGAGUGCAGGCGUUCUUUAAUUGACAAAGUACAAACGAAGUAUUUUGGUGUUGUAGGGAAUUUUAAAUGUGUUUUCAAGCAGGCUUUAACGUGGCUAUUUUUUCACUUGGAAGUAAUUAUGCUUGUUUAUAUGUUCUUUUGAAAAAGGACUGAGUUUCCAGAUGAUUCUCCACGCCAAUUUGUACAUUUUUUAAUUAGCCUUGUUAUGACGUGUAGAACUAAUCCAAUUGUGCAUAUAUACAAAACGCAUUAAUCGAUCAUCCAA